UGUUCAUAACUAACGUGGUGUUUGGUUUUGCGUCUGGAAAAACAAGUUUGGAAGUUAUUUAGGAUGUCUCAACAUCUUAUUGGGAAAGGAAAUUGGUCAAAGCCAUGAAUGCAAUGGUUGAAUUUGGCUAUCAAAAUCCUUAUUUAAUUCAACUGGGUGAAAUGGAUUUGCACAUCACUUUCAUAAUCUGUAGUAUUUAGCCAUGGCCUCGGAUCUGUUUUUGAAUUUGCUUAGAUAUCAGAGAGUAGGGAAAACUAGCACCCAUGGCUGAGCCUGUGACCUUGAACAGGGCUUCAUCUUGUGAGUCAGUGAACAAUUACCCCAUCAUUCCUUCUUCAGUUCAUGUCAUUGACUCUGGGAAGGCAGUGUCAGAGCCAAGUAACAAGUUUCCGAUUGAUCUCAACAGAUCACCUCCUCCUGAUUCCAGUAACGAUGAGAAUGAGUAUGUUUUCGUCAAUAAUAAAGGCGAUGUUGCAGCAUCUGGGAUAGGAAAGAGUGAGAUACCAAAAGGUGGAGUUGAGGAGGGUAGCUCCUUUUGGGCCAACAAGAAAACGAAGUUCUUUAAGUGGCUGGGUGCCACUGCUAAGAUUUUUAAGAAGAGGAAUGACCGUUCCGACUAAAACUGUUUUGUAAUGUCUGAGGUUUUGAAGCGUUUAGUAAUAAAUGUUUAUCUCUGCCCUA